AGCAGAAAGAAUCUGAGCACAGUGAGACCUUCCCGAACAGAGGAGGAAAUGAAAUUAGAACAGGAAAACUGGCAAAGCAGGCAACAUGAAUCCUGCAUUACGGAUCUCGGGUUGUUCCAGGCUCUGGAGAGAGAAAGAGUCCUGGAGGUUCUUCAGCGAGACAAAGCGCUUCGAACUGUUGAAGCUGGCAGAAUCAGGAGGCUGAGGACAGAAUUGCAAGACAUCUGUCGCCAGGGUGCCAAGACAUUUACUCGUCCGUCUGGUCAGAGAUCAUGUGCACGAUGUCAGCGACCUUUGGGAAAGUUCUGGGACUGCGGUUCCGUGUGCUGUGGAUGUAGUCACCGCAUCUGUAACAGGUGUCAGGUCGUCAGGUCUGCGAAGGACUGGAAGUGCACAGUGUGUCAUGCGUACAGGGAAUUUAAGAUCAAAUCUGGUGGAUGGUUUCUGGAACAGCAAGAAAAGAAAUUUCCUGAUUCUAAAGAAAACAAACAUGAGACCACAGGAGACAAAAUAUUACAGUCUUAUCAACGACUCAGUUUCAUCGCAGUCGUACCUCCAACACCUCCUCCGUAUUAUGAAGCUGCAUCGUUUAACAGAUCACAGGAACUCAAAAAAUCAAAGCCUUUUACUAAAUCCAUGGAGAACUUGAUGGUGUCUGUCAGUGCUCACAUUAAAAAGUUUUCCAAAUCUCAGAAUGACUUGAGUGUGGAAGCAGGUCACCUGACAGUGGACAAUGGGCUGGAGCUAAGCUCAGGUCGCAAGAGCCAAUCAGAGGGUGCCAUUGACAAAGCAUGCAAUCUGUGCAAAGCUCCAAGUCUUCCCAACUUAACCCAGAACACCAGAGACACGGAGCCGAACAGUUCUGCAAGUACGGUCUGCCUAACAAAUUUUGAUGUUUCCCACUUAUCUGCAUACAGUGAUGAGCAAAUGGACAGCAACAGCAGCACAGGAAUGGAUGGUGGGACGUUUGAAAACACUCAUGUGACUGGAGAAAUAGAGAUUGCCAUUGCUUAUAACAACGGGACGUCCUGUUUGGAGAUAACUAUCAAAGCAUGCAAAAAUCUGAUGUUCGGAGAUAUGACAAAGAAGAAGAAAUGUAAUCCGUAUGUGAAAGUCUGUUUACUCCAGAAGAAACAUCAGAAUAACAAGAUGAAGACAUCGGUCAAGAGAGGAAAUAACCCGAUUUACAACGAAACAUUCACGUGUGUUGUUAUUCGUGAGCAGCUGGUCAGCAGUGUAGUUAAGGCCUCAGUGUGGCACAACAGAGGACUCAAGAGGAAGGUGUUUCUGGGUGAGACCACUCUCCAGCUGGCAGACUGGUAUCUGGGGCACUUCGAUACUCAAUGCUCUGUCUGGUACAAACUUGGUCCAAAGCAGGAACAUCCACAAGGGGACGCUGUGGAGCAGUACACUGCAGAGCUGACGCUUAAAGCUCAAUUAAAGUUCCUGCCACAGGAGGCGCCACAGGAGGCGCCACAGACGCGCCCACAUACAGAUGAUAUUUUGUUUGGCACACCCGGACAGCUCAUUGUUGUCAUCACAGGCCUACCAAAGCUGCACUGCACUCCAAAAACAGCCUAUAUUGAGGGGAUCCUGUGCCUUCCUGGAGACAGAGAGCUGGUCCAGAGGACUCCAGCGCUGAAGAAGACAGCUGGUACCCUCCAGAUGAUCUUCAGCAGAUUCACGCAUCAGGAGCUCCAGCAGGCCACACUGCUGCUCAGUCUGUGGGAGAAAACCACCUUCAGUCGCACCGAUCACCUACUGAGAUCGGCACGACUGGGAGAAGAAUCAUCAUGGCAACGUCUCCUGCAGAUGCCAGAAGUGUGGCAUGACUUUGUUCUUCCACUGCAUGCUAACGUCAACAUGAACAUGAGGUCAUAACGGAAUAGCGUUGUCUUUAUAUGUAUUAUAAUAAACACCUUGUCUUAGGAGAAAAUAAAUUCAGUAAUUGUAACCCUCCAUGGUACUUGAGGUUUUACUUAUAUUAGCAACUUAUAUAUAUAUAUAUAUACACACAUACACACACUGCAUUCAGAAAGUAUUCACACCUUUAAAAAAAAAAAAAAAAAAAUCACAUUUUAUGUUGCAGCCUCAUGCUAAAAUGCUUUAAAAGUUUUUUUUUUCCCACAUUUAUCUACACUCCAUACCCCAUAAUGCCAAAGCAAAAAACAUAUUUUUGAUAAGUUUGAAAAUUAAAAAAAAAACAAAAACUGAAAUAUCACACUGACAUAUGUAUUCAGACCUUUUGCUAUGACACUUGCUAUUAAAUUUAGCUCAGGUGCAUCAAAUUUCUCUGGAUCAUCUUUGAGAUGUUUCUACACUUUGAUUGGAGUCCACCUGUGGAAAAUUCAAUUGAUUGGACAUGAUUUGGAAAGGCAUACAUGUGUCUAUAUAAGGUCUCGCAGCUGAAAAUGCAUAUCAGAGCAAAAACCAAGCAAUGAGGUCAAAGGAACUGCCUGCACAGCUCAGAGACUGGAUUGUGUCGAGGCACAGAUCUGGGAAAGGCUACAAAACAAUUUCGGCUGCAUUGAAGAUUCCCAAGAGCACAUUGGCCUCGAUAAUUCUUAAACAGAAGUUUGGAACAAUCAGGACUCUUCCUUAGAACUGGCCACCCGGCCAAACUGAGCAAUCAGAUGAGAAGGGCCUUGGUAAGAGAGGUGACCAAGAACACGAUGGUUACUCUGGUUGAGCUCCAGAGAUCAUCACUGCAACACUCCACCGAUCUGGGCUUUAUGGCAGAGUAGACAGAUGGAAGCCUCUCCUCAGUGCAAGACAACGAAAGCCCAUUUGGAAUUUGCAAAAAGCACCUAAAGGAGUUUCAGACUGAGAAACAAGAUUCUCUGGUCUGAUGAAAUUAAGAUUGAACUGUUUGACCUCAAUUCCAAGCACCUCAGACUGGGUCAAAGGUUCACCUUCAAACAGGACAAUAUCCCCAAGCACACAGCAAAGACAAUUUAAGAGUGGAUUAGGGACAACUCUGUGAAUGUCCUUGAGUGGCCCAGCCAGAGCCUGGACUUGAACCCUCUCAAACAUCUGAGACCUGAAAAUGGCUUUCCACCAACAGUCCCAUCCAAGAAGAAUGGCAGAAAAUCCACAAAUCCGGGUGUGCAAAGCUUGUCGCAUCAUACCCAAAAUGUCUUGAGGCUGUAAUCGCUGUUCUGUUUCUGUACUGAGUUAAGGGUCUGAAUACUUCUGUCAAUGUGAUAUUUCAGUUUUUUAUUUUUAAUACAUUUGCAAAGUUAUCAAAAAUCUGGUUUUUGCACUGUCAUUAUGGGGUAUGGAGUGUAGAUUGAUCUGAAAAUUAGUUUUUAAAUCAUUUUAGCUUUAGCAUGAGGCUGCAUCAUAAACAAAUUAAGGGGUCUAAAUACUUUCUGAAUGCACUGUGUGUGUGUGUGUGUGUGUGUAUACACACAGUAUCUACAUAAACGCAUAUCUGUAUAAAAAAAAAACUAAUAUUUAAUCCUAUUUAUAAGAUUUACACUAAUUUUAUAACAAUGACAUCAAAUUGAAUAUGUAAUUAAGUAAAUUAAAUAAAACUUAAAAUAUUUAUGAUUUUAUUAUAUUCAAAAUUACUGAAUUCAAUUUAAUAGAAUUUGUUAUGAAUU